CUAUCCGCGGUGCUGACGCCGCCAGGUGCGCUCGGCUCCGCCGGCUGGUAGAGCGACCGGGGCCCGCCACUAUCCGCGGUGCUGAUCCCGCUGCCCUCGGCCACCGCUCUCCCGGAGGAAGCGUGGUGCGGUUUGGAUUUUUUAAAAGCCGUUCUUUAUUUAGAUUACAACCACCUCGCGUUUUUUUUCUGUGCCAAGGGGGCCCUCAGGCCGUCCGUCUCCCCCUUUGCUCUCCCCAACUUGGCGCGCCCUCCCUUUCAUUCCUCCCUGACACUCCCACCACCCCCCCUCGGCUCGGCGGCUCGGCGCGAUGCUGCGGAAGACGCGCUGAGCCCUCUUGGAUCUAAUGCGCAGAGGAGGUUGGCCCAGAGCUCCUGGGCUCCCCCAAGGCUGAACUCCGUCCAAGGUGCCCGCAGGCUCCCUGCCCGCCUUCCCCAUGCCAGACCGCAGCUAGGGGCAGGGGCAGCGGCGGCUGCGGCUGGGGGUGGGUGGGGAGCUUUUGGGGAGGACAGGUCGCAGCUUGGCUAUGGAAGGCUCCAAUGGCUUUGGGAUCGACUCCAUUCUCUCCCACCGCGCGGGCAGCCCCGCCCUUCCCAAGGGGGACCCCUUGCUUGGGGACUGCCGUUCGCCCCUGGAGCUGAGUCCACGCUCAGAGAGCAGCAGCGACUGCUCUUCGCCAGCCUCUCCAGGAAGGGACUGUCUGGAGACGGGCACCCCACGGCCUGGCGGGGCAUCCGGCCCAGGUUUGGACUCCCACCUGCAGCAGGGGCAGCUCUCAGCACCGGCCCAGUCGCGCACCGUCACCUCCUCCUUUCUGAUCAGGGACAUCCUCGCCGACUGUAAACCACUUGCGGCCUGUGCACCCUAUUCUAGCAGCGGGCAGCCGGCAGCCCCUGAGCCUGGGGGCCGUCUUGCAGCCAAGGCCGGCGAGGACUUUAGAGACAAACUGGACAAAAGUGGCAGCAAUGCUUCGUCAGACUCUGAGUACAAAGUGAAGGAGGAGGGUGACCGUGAGAUCUCCAGCUCCAGGGACAGUCCUCCAGUGCGCCUGAAAAAGCCACGCAAGGCACGCACGGCCUUCACUGACCAUCAGCUGGCGCAGCUGGAGCGCAGCUUUGAGCGGCAGAAGUACUUGAGCGUGCAGGACCGCAUGGAGCUGGCCGCCUCUCUCAACCUCACUGACACACAGGUCAAGACCUGGUACCAGAACCGCAGGACUAAAUGGAAGCGACAGACGGCCGUCGGUUUGGAGCUGCUGGCGGAGGCAGGCAAUUACUCAGCGCUCCAGCGGAUGUUCCCGUCGCCUUAUUUCUAUCCGCAAAGCCUAGUUUCCAACUUGGACCCGGGCGCCGCGCUCUACCUGUACCGCGGCCCCAGCGCGCCGCCGCCCGCCCUCCAGAGGCCUCUGGUACCCCGCAUCCUCAUCCACGGACUCCAGGGCGCCGGCGAGCCACCCCCGCCGCUGCCUCCACUGGCCGGCGUCCUCCCGCGCGCCGCGCAGCCUCGGUGAGGCUCCAGCC